ACACAGUUUUAUUACACUUUUUUAACAGUCUGUUGAAACAAAAUUUGGAACAAUUUUGUAGCGAAAUUUUAGGUACAACAAAUUUCUAUAAAAAUGGGUGUAACGGACUUCAUCGAAAGCGUCAAGCGCUGGACUGUGAAUCAACUGGAUCGCAAAUCAAAGCAGGAGGAAGAGUUGAAGCCCGUGCGUCAAAUUCCCAACUUGGGCGAAGACAUUCAAAUGGUUGUGCAAACGCCAGAGUUUGAGAAUGUCAUGAAUUCAGUUUCGCCAUUUUUGUUGGCCAGCUUGGGCGCUUGGCCGGGUUAUUGGCUAUAUCGGGGCUUUGACUAUCACUCUCACAGGGCUUAUGUGCCGCUGCCCGUUUACAUAAGACAGACCUUCUAUCAAGCCAAGAUGCUGCAGUUUUUCAUCAUUAUGGCUGGCAUAAUUUAUAUGGCCAAACAUCAGACUGGCGAACACAUAUUUCCAGUCGAUAACAAAAUUGAUGAUUAAAAAUCAAUCAAUCUGAAGUUCGUACCAAAUAGUAGCAAAUAUAAAAUAGCAGAUAAUCAAUACCAAAAUUUUCCAUGAAAUUGUUUAAUAAAUUUUCAACAACAAAACUAUU